UAGCUGAAGUUGGGAAGGAGGAAGCGGCUGUUGGGAGCUUCAUCAUGGCUAACGGUGAAGACGGGUGUUGCCUGAAAGACGUGCUGGUCACGUUCCAGUCCUGCCUCAAUGACCAGCAAGAAAUCUUAAUGGAUCCUUACGUAGCAGGCUGGAAAGGACUAGUCAGGUUCCUCAACAUCUUGGGCACCAUCUUCUCCUUCGUUUCCAAAGAUGCGGUGGCCAAGAUCCAGAUCAUGGAGAACUACCGCAGCAGCGAUCAAAAGGACCAAUACUCGACGCUUCAUUCCAUGGUGAAGUACGAACUAGCCAGCAACUUGGUGGAUUUGAAAAAGCCCGGAGACCAGCCGCCCUCGGGCUGCCGGACAAUCCUGCGUCUUCACCGCGCCCUCCGCUGGCUGCAGCUGUUCUUGGAGGGCCUGCGGACCAGCUCGGAGGACUCCAGCGCGUCGGCCCUGUGUACGGAAGCGUACAAUGCCUCCUUGGCCAAGUAUCACCCAUGGAUUAUCCGAAAGACGGCCCUCCUGUCUUUCUACGUCCUACCUGCUCGGAACACCUUCCUGGAGCUCAUGAACGUGGGCACCCCUGCGGAUGCGGUGGCGAUGCUGGAAGAGGCUUUGCCCAGCAUCGUCAAGGUCUAUGACAUCACAGAAGCACUGUAUGCCCAACACAACCUUCUUGACAUCCCAUAACCGAGUGGGCUAAUAAUCUAUGCUUUCUUGAGUAUCAGUGGUCGGGGUGAGCACAAUCACUGGUGCCCGAGUCCGUGCAUAAACAGGAGACGUGCUGGUACCAAAAUCCAUAGCUUCUCACACUCGGCUCUGUCCUAAAUCUGGUUUCCUAUAGCUGUAAGCUUUCUGUUGUCUGAGUACCUGUUCCGUUUAAUUCAUCUCCAAAGAAACACGACCAGACUCCUGGCCCUCUUGUGACACAGUCGAAAGCAAUCAUCUUCUGCUCUUUUUUUUAAAUUGCAGAACUACAGACCGGACUUCUCAGGGCAUAGAUGGCUUCUGGUCUCGGGUUUAAAUUGUUUGUGCUCUGUCAAUCAAACGCUGUGUAAUCGGGGCUUCACCACAGUGAAAUCAUUGCUUUGCAAAAGUCGGCUCUUUGCAACAAGUUGUUGCAUUUUUUUUAGCAUGGAAACGGGGGGGGGAUGAUGGUCAAAGGGGGCUUAUGUAAUGGCGCGAUCGACAAGGCACACGAGGCGGAAGGUCCCACCGAAAUUCUGUUGGGCCCUGAGACAUACGAAGCUGCGUUACACCCUGGCGGGCCAUGAGACUGCUGCACCCCUUACUGUGUGCUCUGCCUGCUGUUGACUCGAGCAAAAUCCUUUCCCGGCCCUUUUCGUGCAAGAUCCUUUUUAAAUUGGAGGUGCCAGGGAUUGAAUUGGAGACCUUCUGCGUGCCAAGCGGGGUCUCUGAACGAUGAAGCUGUUGCUCCUUGCUCCCCACCCCUGGCUGCGCAGAGGGAUGUGUCGUUCUGGCUUCAGGCAGACAGUCGCACCCCUAAGCCAUUACCGCAAAGGCAGUGUUCUUCUGCAAUUUACAGUAAGGUACCCAAGACCUUCGGCAUGCGGGAUGCUGCUGCUAGGACUAUCAGGGGUGUUGGGAUACCUACAGAGGGAAAGCAGUGCUGGACGUGCUAGAUAACCUCUCUGUAGCACAGAUCCGUCUUCAUUGGAUAAUCGCUGGACAGGACACUGGCCGUGGGGGGGUUUGAGGGCCUGACAGGGUUCAGACGAGGCCUUUCUGCCACCCCCUUGCGCAGAGGCGACAGCACAUCGGUCCCUGGUUCCAGACAAAGGGCCUG